AUGAGCGUUAAAUGGAUCUCAACCCUUCUGCUUCUGGGCCUGGCAGAGGCCCGCGACUACAGCAUUGAGGGAUCCGUCAUUGCUGCAGUGGGCAGGGCAGAAGGGCCCCCAAGCAUGGAGUCUGUGUCCCCGCAUGACGCCGGCGGCGAGGAUACAGGGCUGUUCCAGGCACCGCCGUGGAACAGCCAGCGGCUCCCUCGGGAUGACUGGACUGUGAAAUGCGACUCUGAGCACGAUGGAAACGAGUGCACCAAGGCCAUUGAUGGCGACAACGGCACCUACUGGGCCAGCGACUACAACCGAACCGCCAACGCGCCGCCACCCCACAGUAUAACCAUUGACCUGAAAGCCACCCAAAACGUCAGCGCAGUGGAAGUUUGGCCUCCUCAAGAUGGAGGGCAGAAUGGGUGGAUUGCGGAGCACGAAGUCUACGUCAGCACGGACGGCGAAAACUGGGGAUAUCCCGUUGCUUACGGCGCUUGGUGGCCGGAUGCCACCGUGAAGCUGGCCGUCUUCGAGCCUCGGGCCGUGCAAUAUGUUCGCUUUGUUGCUCUCUCCGAGGCAAAUGGUAACCCGUGGAUUUAUAUCGCCGACUUGGCGAUCUGGGCCGCGAGUGACAUUCCCGCGGCACCGGAAGGCCAAACCCUCGGCCAGUCCGGCGUCUGGGGACCGACAAUUGAUUUCCCACUUGUCCCCGUGUCGGCAGCGGUCGAGCCGAGCACCGGAAAGGUUCUUGUCUGGUCUUCCUACCGAAAAGAUCAAUACGGAGGCACUGGCGGAGGCAAAACCCAGACCUCUACCUGGGACCCGGUCAGCGGCGAGGUUACCCAGCGCGAGGUCACCGAAACAAAGCAUGACAUGUUCUGUCCGGGUAUCUCCAUGGAUGUGGACGGUCGAAUCAUCGUGACUGGAGGGAAUGACGCCACCAAGACCAGUAUCUACGAUCCCUCUUCUGAAUCGUGGAUCCGGGCAGCGCCCAUGACCAUGGCCCGUGGCUACCAAUCGUCUACCCUCCUGUCCGACGGCAACAUGUUCGUGAUUGGAGGAUCCUGGAGUGGUGGUGAGGACGACAAUAAGAAUGGAGAGAUUUACAAUGUCAGCGGCAACUCGUGGAAGGAUCUUCCCAAUGCCGAGGCCACUCCCAUGUUGACCAACGACCGGUUGGGUGCGUAUCACGCGGACAAUCACGGCUGGCUCUUUGGCUGGAAGAAUCGCUCUAUCUACCAGGCAGGCCCGAGUCGCGCCAUGCACUGGUACUUCGUGGAGGACGACGGCGACGUGACGGAGGCUGGAGACCGAGGCACUGACUAUGAUCAAAUGUCCGGCAGUGCAGUCAUGUUCGACGCUGUGAACGGCAAGAUUCUGACCGCGGGAGGAUCGCAUGACUACGAGGAUUCGGAUGGCUCCAGGAAUGCAUCCAUCAUUACAAUCGGAGACCCCAACACCCCCGGCCAGGUGGUCAAGGCCGGUAACGACAUGCACCACGACCGCGUGUUCCACACCUCUGUCGUGCUGCCCGACGGCAGCGUCUUCCUCACUGGCGGCCAGAUCCACAGCCUUCCGUUCGUCGAGAAAGACCCGGUCCUGACCCCGGAACAAUACGUCCCUUCGAGCGAUGAGUUUGUGGAGCAGUUCCCAAACAAUAUUGUGCGUGUGUACCACAGCUGGUCUCUUCUCCUUCCCGAUGGCACCGUGUUGAACGGCGGUGGCGGUCUUUGCGCCGAUUGCGACGCCAACCAUUACGACGCCCAGAUAUUUACGCCGGCAUAUCUGUUUGACGCUGACGGAAGCCGAGCGACACGCCCGAAGAUCACGGACGUGUCUCCCUCGCGCGUGAAACACGGCGAACCCAUCACCAUCACGGCCGACUCGGCCAUCUCCGGCGCCUCGCUGGUCCGUUACGGCUCCACGACUCACACGGUCAACACCGACCAGCGCCGUAUUGAACUCGAGCUGGAGAGCUCAGGUGACCAGACCUACACGGCGGAGAUUCCUAAUGAUCCUGGCAUUGCGCUCCCGGGAUACUAUAUGCUCUUCAUUUUCAACGAAAACGGCGUGCCCAGUGUGUCGAAGAACGUUCAGGUAAUCCUGUAG